AUGCAACCGAAUCACUGCGACCUGCUCGGUCAGGUGCGCGAGCCCAGAGCCGCCCGUCAACUGAUGCGCGAUGGCCAUCCGCGAGAUCAGAGUGGCCACCCUGGUCAGCCUCGAACAUCCGGUGCGGCGCCCAUGAGAUCAGAAGGUACCUACACCAUAUUCAUCCCCUUUUAUAUCCUGCGAGCCAGCCUCCCCCUGCCGAUCGGAUUUCGUCAUGGAUACCUUUUGCUCAACACCAUGUACUCACUACGAUACUAUAUAGAUUCGUGGAUCGAAGUCUCCUCCCAGCCCUCGAGCUCGUCUCUGUCCUCGGCCGCCACAAACGACGAUAUAAUAACAACCGGUCUCCAGGUGGAACAUCGCGGGGGAGGCAUGCAGCAAUACCGCAGUCGACGCCGACGAAUGCAGCACCUCGCAGCCGUGACCACUGCCCAGGUUGACUACUCCUCCAACACGGCGAGCAGCAGCCAAGAAGAAUACGAUGAAAGUGAAAGUGAAUCGGAUCCGCCUAUGAGCAGUUCCAACGAAGAUAUUGGCCCAGCCCUCCGCGCACCGUUACCUGCACCCUCCCACUCCGAUGACGAUGCUUCCAGCGACGACGACGAAGAUGAUACCUCAACUGCCCUGGGUAUGGGUAUAAGCCCAUCUCCAUUCGUGCCACAACCAAAUGUAUUCAGCCACCCACCAAACACAUCAGAUCCAUCAUGGACCCGCCCCAGCGAGACCCGACGAUCCCAGCCCAGCGUCAUGUCAACCUCUAGCCGGCGCCCUUCCAUUCGCCGCGAAUCAUACCCUAGUAGUGCUCGACCAUACCGCCGCUCCCAGCAGUCAUCACAACAUAGUCCAUUUAAUAUGUUCUCGCCUUCACAUCACGCAGACCACGAUGCUGCACUGCGUGCCAGCCUAUCAACUCUCCUCUCAUGCGCAGCCGCAGCCCGCGGUCUCCCCAAAUCAGACUCACAACCCAUAAACACUCCCUCCGGCCCAUCUGGUCCGACAACACAACCAGCAGCAUUCCGACUGGUUGGUGAAUGCGUCGCGAUGGGAGAAGAAAGUGGCGAAGAGUACCUCGAAGAUGAAAUCAUCUCUCCCCGGAACACGGAAACCAGCCCACCAUCACGACGCUCAACCUCGCCAAAAGACCGCAUCUCCUCGUCUAAAAAGAGUCGGCGCGUCAGUGUGGCAGACCCAACCUCGAUCACCACGAACACGCCCGUCAGCCCAACUGUCAUGACAUGGGUGAUCAGCGCGGGCGUGGUCGUCCUUUUCUCCGCUAUCAGCUUUUCCGCCGGGUAUAUGCUCGGUCGGGAGGUUGGGCGUGCGGAGAUGGGUCUUAUGGGCGAUGGCGGUGUCCCCGGUGCGCGCUCUUCUGCUGCUUGUGGGCAGGAGGCUGUUCGCGGUGGACUUAAGAGAAUCCGGUGGGGGACUGCUGCCGCUGGCUCUGCAAGUUUGGCCUAG